UCAAACAUGGCGCUGUUCAGCUCGAGCCUGUGUAACCAUUUGUCUUUGACCCGACUGUGUGGUCUCAGGACUAACACGAUAACAAAUGGCAUUUACUCUCCGUAUGUGUCAAGUCAGUCCAGGUUGCCCCUGUGCAGACACUACUCAUCCAAAGUGAGACGAGGUAUUGGUCAAUAUGUCGUCUCCAAGUUCCGGACUGCAAAUGCCAAAUAUGAAGUUUUCCUCAAAAGGCGAUUUCCCCGCUUUUAUCAGCUCUAUCACACUUUUACGGAAGGAUUCAAGCUGCUGCUCCACGAUGCCAAAGAUGUGCACAGGAUAAAAAUGAAGAUGCACUCUGAUGGAUUGCAGUUCAAGGAUUUGCCUUACAGGGAGCUGGAGAAGUAUAGACAGUUUCGCAGAGACAUAAUGAAGGCCAUUCCGCUGCUGGUGAUAUCGAUCCCUCCCUUUGCCAACUACCUGGCUUUAUUCUUGAUGUACUUUUUCCCCCGCCAGCUCCUGGUUCCUUAUUUCUGGACUCCGAAGCAGCAAGUCGAGUUUCGGGCAUUGUACCAUUCCAACAGGGUCCGGCAACACAGGCCAGUGCUCAAAGGGCUCGAGAACACGAGCCAGCAGGUCAAGGACGGCCAGCUACAGAGUGGCCUGAAGGCCCUGUGUGCUAAAAUGCAAAGAGGAGCAAAUCCUCAAGUGUCUGAAAUCCUCGCAGUCCGGACCCUGUUUUCUGGACCGCCUCUGGGUAUACACAGGAUGAGUGUGGAUCAGAUGAGACACCUCAGCCCCCUGCUCUUCCUCACUCCUCGCCUCCCGAGUUUCCUGAUGGGUCGGCGGCUGAACAGCCACGCCAUGGAGCUGCUCCUGCUGGACCGGGCCCUCGGCAGGAUGGGCCCGCACCAGUUGAGUGAAGCCGAACUCAGACAGGCUUGUUAUGUUCGGGGUCUCCAUUCUAAUAGUCUUGAGAUCAAUCAAUACCGUGAGUGGUUAUCCCGAUGGCUUCAGUUGUCCUCCUCACUGAAAGACUCCGAGGUGUCACUCCUCUUGCACUGCAUUGUAUUUCUCUCUGCCAACUACCCGGGCGGGGCCAGCCGACACUGACAGGAAGCCAGCAACAGGCUGCUUUUGUGAUUAGGCUCUCUUGUGCAGCGGGCCACACGGCUUCCUAAGAGUUGUCAACAUCUCUCUUUUGCCCUGGAAGAAACCUUCUUUUCUUGUUUUUGGCAAAAAGAUUUGAGGUGGAAUAAAGAUAUUGAAGCCCAAAACUUAAGGAACCUGGAAAUUCUAGAAGGCUUAAAACUGUCCUGUUUGCCAAAUAUAUUCCCAGUAAACAGGAUUUAUUUGGGAGAACCCCGAUUUAAUCUAUUUUGUCUUUAUCAGGGGAGUGGUAUGUGAUACUACUUGUAAUUCAGACCCUCAAAAGGGAUUUCAAAUUGAUUUUGAUGCACUGAACCAUAUUAAGAGGCAUUGUUGAGGUGGGACCUGUCUCUGUAUCUCAAGCUUAAGCUCAGACUCGUCAUUUGUUUACUGCUACGCUAACACGUCAUUACACGCCGACAGAGACAAAGAGGAUAUUAUUCAGUUAACGUUCAGCAGCAAUUUGUGUGCUGUUAAUAUUUGAUUUGUGGAUCUGUAGAGUUGUUCAGACUCAUUCCUCAUUGUACAGGGAAAAGAAAUAGCUUUUAUGUGGGCAUGUUAAAUGUCUUUACAUAUACACAUGUAGCUUCUCAUGCACUUGCUUCACUUUGUGCUCCACUGUUACUGCUUAACAAUAAGUAAUGCUGCUCACAGGGGAAUUUACUUGCAACAGUUUUGAGGGAAGGAAAUUAUGUUGUCAAACACGGAACAACUGGUUGACAUGACAAAUCAGUAGUUUACACAAAGGCACUUUCUAAAAAAGAAAUGUUGGAUGAUCCUUUAUUGAGAUUGAAAAAAGCAAAAACAUUGAGGCUUGUUUGAGUGUUGAGAAGCUGAACAACUUUUUGUAAUUCAAAUUACUUUUUGUUGUGCAGCACAGCAUUCACAAGCUCUGAAAAAAAGGAGUGAUGGCACUUUUAUUUAAUUUGAUUUAUGUAUACACUUCAGCACAUAAUUUCAAGUGUUUGGUGUUAAAAGGUGUCAAAUAGGAAAUAUAAUUUUCUUCCUGUGCCAUUCGCAAAGACUGGUGCAAUACAUCUGAAAUACGAGUUGCAAAAUUAUUUUCUGUGUAAUAUACAUAUAUAUAUAAUUUGCUCAACAGUUUUUGAAUGUUGUGUUGCUGUGCCUAUCAUAUACAUUGUAAUGGAACUUUGUUUGAAAUAAAUAACUUUCAUGAUGCA